AUGCCUAAUCACAGCGUGGCACCCUCUGACAAUGAAUCAGAUGACAGCUGCUCCAUACUAGAGGGCAGCCUGGAUUCUCCUCUCACCAGAAGGGAUAUGAGAGGCUUUAUGAGAGAAUUUAAAUCUCAUGUUGCUGAAGAACUCCAAAAACACCUCCAACUUCUCCACGAGGGCCUCACAGACCUCGCCAUGUGGACCCACGAGGUGGAAACCAAAAUGGAGGACACAAUAACAACAGUGAACUCCUACGAUUCAGCUAUUCAAAAACUCAAGGAACAAAUUAAGAGCUUGGAUGAGGCACAAGAGGAACAUCAUCCGGAUCAGGGCUAUACCCGAAACUAA